CCUCUAACUGUCCCUUCGCUGUGCCCUUCCAGUCAGGAAGCCAUACGAGGAGAGUCUCACGUCGGACGCCAGCUGGCUGCCUUCCUCAGCGCCCCRCGCCGCACCAUGCUGCCCCUCCGAAGCGUCCUGGCCCGGGCUCUGACCGCACGCACGCUCGCGCCUCAGGUGUGCUCAUCUUUUGCUACAGGCCCCAGACAAAAUGAUGGAAUGUUCUAUGAAUUUCGUACCUAUUCUCUUAAACCCUCAAAGACGAAUGAGUUCCUAGAAAACUUAAAGAAAAAUGUGCAUCUUCGGACAGCUCACUCUGAAUUGGUUGGAUAUUGGAGUGUAGAAUUUGGAGGCAGAAUAAAUAAAGUGUUUCACAUUUGGAAGUAUGAGAAUUUUGCUCAUCGAACUGCAGUUCGGAAAGCCUUGGCUAAAGAUAAGGAAUGGCAAGAACAAUUCCUCAUUCCAAAUUCGGCUCUCAUUGAUAAGCAAGAGAAUGAGAUUACUUACCUGGUGCCAUGGUGCAAAUUAGAAAAGCCUCCAAAAGAGGGAGUCUAUGAGCUGGCUACUUUUCAGAUGAAACCUGGUGGCCCAGCUCUGUGGGGUGAUGCAUUUAAAAGGGCAAUWAAUGCCCAUGUUGAUCGAGGCUACACAAGACUAGUUGGUGUUUUCCACACAGAAUAUGGAACACUCAACAGAGUUCAUGUUCUGUGGUGGAAUGAGAGUGCAGAUAGUCGUGCAGCUGGGAGGCAUCAGUCUCAUGAGGAUCCCAGGGUCGUGGCAGCUGUUCGGGAAAGUGUCAACUACCUAGUGUCUCAGCAGAAUAUGCUUCUGAUUCCUGCAUCAUUUUCACCAUUGAAAUAGUUUUCUACUGAAACACAAAAGAUUUCAUUAAUUGGCAUAAGAUGUGUCUGCUAAUGGUGCUUAAGUUCUCCCAAGAGAAUUAUUCUCACUUUUAUUUUAAUGAGGUGGUAAGUUAAUUUACUAUGUUCCUUGCAUUUUUUUUUUAAAGCCAACUCUGUCAUCUAUUUAUCACUACUUAAGGAAAUAGUUCUAUUCAUUUUCUCCAUGAUGUGUCGGUGUUUGUUAUAUGUGAGACAUAGUUGUCACUACUUCAUGAUCUUGAUUUUUCAUUUGAUUCAGAAUAUCUUCUGUAUUUUGAAAGCCCUUUGCUUUAUAAUAUUUUCUCAAAUUCAA